AUGGCGGCGGCGGAGGCGAUCUGCGCGGAGGACGAGGCGGCGUGCGCGGGCGGGAUCGAGAGGCUGGAUCUCGGCGACGGGAGGGCGGCGCUCGUGGCGGGGGGCAAGAGGAGCGUGUACCUGAUGGAGUGCGAGCCGGUGUGGGGCUGCGUCGCCACGCCGGGCCGCGGCGGGGAGAUGGAGGACGCGUGCGCCGCCGUCCCGCGCUUCGCCGACGUGCCCGUGCGCCUGCUCGCCAGGCGGCAGGACCUGGAGGGGCUCGGGCUCGACGCCGACGCGCUCCGCCUGCCCGCGCACCUCUUCGCCGUCUUCGACGGCCACGGCGGCGCCGAGGUGGCCAACUAUUGCCGGGAGAGGCUCCACGACGUCCUGAGCAAGGAGCUGAGGAGGCCCAGUAAGGAUUUGUGGGAGAUGAGCGAUGUGGACAUGAAGGAGCACUGGGAAGAGCUCUUCACCAAAUGUUUCCAGAGAGUAGACGACGAGGUGUCAGGCCGAGCAAGCAGGCUGGUCGAUGGUUUCCCGGAGCCCCGGUCAGAACCGAUUGCAGCGGAGAACGUCGGCUCGACUGCGGUCGUCGUGGUCGUGUGCUCCUCUCAUGUCGUGGUCGCAAACUGCGGCGAUUCGCGUAUCGUGCUUUCGCGCGGGAAGGAGCCCGUGGCGCUUUCAAUUGAUCAUAAGCCUGACAGGAAGGAUGAGCGAGCCAGGAUUGAGGCUGCGGGAGGCAAGGUCAUCCAGUGGAAUGGUUCCCGGGUGUCCGGUAUACUUGCCAUGUCACGAUCAAUAGGUGACCGAUAUUUGAAGCCAUUUGUCAUAUCAAAACCAGAAGUGACAGUUGUUCCUCGGGCAAAAGAUGAUGACUGCCUCAUUUUGGCGAGUGAUGGGCUGUGGGACGUCGUGUCGAAUGAAGAAGCAUGCAAAGCUGCGCGCCGGCAAAUCCAGCAGUGGCACAAGAAUAACAGUGUUGCGACACCAUUGUCUCAUGAAGGUGAUGGAUCCACCGAUCCUGCCGCGCAAGCAGCAGCGGAUUAUCUCGUGAGGCUUGCACUGAAGAAAGGAAGUGGGGACAAUAUCAGUGUAAUUGUGGUUGACUUGAAACCUCGGAGGAAAGCCAAGAACAAUUCCUGA